AUGGCGGACGAGUACUCCACUGGUGGUGGCGGGAAGCUCAAGUUGAAAGGGAGCAAAGUGAGUGGCGGGCGGGUUGAGAAAAAGAAGAAGAAGGGGAGCAAGAAGAAGGAUGGGAAUGGCAAUGGAAAUGAGAAUGAGAAUGUGGAAGAGAAAGAGAAAGAGAAAGAAAGUCCUGAGUCUGGAGUGCAGGAUCAGGCUAAGGAAGAUAAGGAUGCUUUGAGUGCGGAUACUACACCUGAGCCGGGAGUGGGGAAGACCGAGACAGAGAAGAAGUAUGAGGAAACGCGAAGGAAAAGGAUGCUUGAGCGGCUUCAGCGGGAUGGCAUCAAGACACACAAGGAGCGAGUGGAGGAACUUAAUAAGUAUCUUAGUCGACUGAGCGAGCAUCAUGAUAUGCCUAAGAUUGGACCGGGCUAG